UUGAGGCGCUCGCGCGUGAUGUCCAUUCGGCCAUCCAUUCAUUCAUUGAAUUGCGUCUGUUUUGAUAAUAAUAUUUUGAUGAUUGCGGUUUUUUGAUGUUUACAAAAAUAUGAUAAACUAAUAUCUAACUGAAUCUAUUUUCUGUUCAAUUAAUUAGAUAAAGUCAAAACGCGCUAUCAGAAUUGUAUGGACGACAAGUGGAAAAUAUAAUAUAAAAAUUACAAACAAAGUUUUACCAUAGGGACUCUUUCUAAAAUUUGAAAAGAAUGUCUCGAAAGAACGGUACCACCCAAGGCUCAAGGUCUUCAAGAGUCAGUUUGACCACUAGCCACGACAGAAAACUGAGAUAUCGCGCACUCUUGGAGGACUUGUCCACAAUCGAAGAUGAAGGCAGCACAAACACUGAAUGUAUAGAGAAGACAGCUAGUGCUGUUAAAGAAGCGCAAGAAUUGCUUGCCGAGGGCAGCAUAGAGGAGCGAGCGAGGCAUCCGGGUGAAGGUUACCUGGACUCCCGCGUGCUGAAAGCGACCAGCGACCUAGCGGUGCGGUGCUCUGAAGCUGUAAGCGGGAACGCUAAUGUUUACGACAGACAUGAACUGGCACAACAUAUGCGCGAGAACCCGUCGUUCUGGUCGUUCUCGCUGCCGCGCUGCGCGCCCGCCGCGGCGCCGCUGUUCGGCGCGUUCUCGCCCGCGGCGCCCGCGCAGCGCGCCCGCGUGCGCCGCGUCGCCAACAGGCAGCCUUUAGCCGCGUUGCGAGCGCCCGAGAACGUCGACAGAUUGGAGAAGACCGAAGAAGGCUCCGAGAUGGUCAGCCGAGUGAACCGCUUCAUCACGAAGACUUACCGGAACAGCGGACGGGCGCUGAGCUACUUCCACGUGGUGCUGGACCCCGGCAGCUUCUCCAGGACCGUGGAGAACGUGUACCAUGUCUCCUUCCUCGUCAAAGACGGCCUGGUGUCUAUACAACAAGAUGAAGACCACGGCCUGCCGUUCAUAACGCCAGUGGACCAGACGCAGCGGGAGAGACACAACCUUUCUGAUGAGAACCAGUUCAUAGUCUCCAUUGACAUGCAGCGAUGGCAGGACCUGAUCGAAGCAUUCCGAAUUGAAACACCAAUGAUGGUGAUAAAACGGUGACACGAUUGUUGAAAUGAUCAUGUUAUGUGAUGUUCUUGUUUGUUAUUAAUGAUUAAAGACAUUGAUUUUUAUAA